AUCUGAGCUUGGCAGCGAUGGUGGCGGCAGCAAUGGUGGCGACGACGAUGGUGAGGAUGCGUCCGUGGGCUAUGUCGGUGAUGGUGAGAGUGGAGCGAUUAUGGUGGAGGGGGAUGGUGGAGAUGGUCGGAGAAUGGAUCGGUGGUGGAGCUGACGGCAAUGGCUGGGCUGGCGGCGAGGAGGGGAGGGGCUAUGGUGGAGGCUGUGGUGGGUUCUCAAUGGUGGCAGGGCUGGGAAAGGAAGGGGAGGGUAAUUUAGGCAUUUCAUGCCUUAUUCAAGCCUCCACUAAAAAUGAGGAAAAGUCAAAGUAGGAAGCUUAUUCCCGGACAGAGGGAGUAUAAUUUAGACAUUACUUUCAAGUCUUUUUGGCCAAAAAUGUGAUGUUACCCCUAGAGAUCAAGGCCAAAACAAAAAAAUUAUAAUUUAUACAUUACUGACAAGUCUUUUUGACAUAAAGUUUUUACAAAGGA